AUGGGACGAGCGACAACAGAAGACACUGUUCGCCGUGGCAUGGAUUCAGUGGAAGCAACCACAAAAGCUAGGGAGAAUCGGAAUAGUGGCAAUGAUCCUUUGUAUGCGGGCGAUGUGGAACACUCCCCAACCAGUGUGCCGAUUCCUGAGGACCUGCCACAGCGCAAUUACAUGUUUGAAGAUGGGGGGUUACAGAAGAUGGAAUACAUGUACAUUGCCAUCAUGGUUCUCGCGGUGGUGACAAUCUCAGUGACCCUGGCAUUGGUCUUUGGUCUGCAAACAGGAGAAGACACAAUCAUUUACUUGCCUCGGCAUUCUGCUGUGCCUUCCUUUGUGCCCACUGCUUCCCCUCUUUUCACUCGUGGUCCGACAUCCUGGAGGCAACACCAACUUUUCGCACUGGUAACAAUCUAUUAUGCCCUUGGUGGACCCAAUUGGUUGCAUGGCGUUGGAGAAAGUUGGCUGGACGAGUCGAAAUCAGAAUGUGAAUGGUUCUCGAGCUUGCAUGGUGAUUUCAAAGAAGACGGCUCCUACAUUGAGCGUUUUGAUGACGUGGGCAGUGUUUGUAAUGACGAAGGCAAAUAUCAAACCCUUGAUCUGCGAGAUAUCUUUGAUACCAGUAGUCCUCUUGAUGGCCUUCCAAACGAAACUGCUCUGCUCACAUCCCUAAAGUCCAUCUUUUUGGAAGGGGCCGGGGGGUUCACGGAACCCUUCCAGUUCAUGUUUAUUACACCCCUCCUGCACCUUGCAGGCUCUCUAGAGGCUAUGAGUCUAAAAAAUAGCAUGGUGCACGGGUAUAUCCCCUCUUUGAUUGGAAGACUGACCAUGCUAAGAGUGCUGGAUUUGAGUCACAACAAACUUGGGCAAGCUAUACGAUCGGAAAUUGGUCUCCUGACAAACCUCAAGCACCUGAAACUAGGGAACAACAGCUUUGUUGGACAGCUCCCCACAGAGCUGGGGCUUCUCACAGCCCUGGAAACCCUCGACAUAUCAUCCAAUUUGCUGACAGGCCAGAUUCCUACCGAGAUUAGUACCCUGCAAUCAAAACACAGCUUGGAGGUGUUUUUGACUGACAGCAAUCAGUUUGUGUAA